GGAACUCCAGUAUUAGUUGGUCUUGGACUAAUCGCAGUUGGCUUGAUCGGUCGCCAAGUAACUAGACAAGUGAAAGGAAAGCAAAUGCAAGAUUUUUUGAAGUUAGCUGGCUUUACGACUUCCAAGUAUUAUAAGGGUGGAUUUGAACGAAAAAUGUCUCGCCGUGAAGCUGCUUUGAUAUUGGGCGUUCCUCAAACAUCAAGCAAGUCCAGAAUCCGAGAGGCUUACAAGAGAAUAAUGCUAUUGAAUCAUCCUGAUCGAGGAGGAUCCCCUUAUCUAGCAGCGAAAAUCAACGAGGCAAAGGACUAUCUUGAAAAUGAAAAGUGA